CCGCUGCACCUCGCGGCGUGGGCGGGCCACGUCUCGAUCGUCGGCCUGCUCUGUGACGCCGGCGCUGACGUCUCUGCGCUCGCUGUCGAUGGCGUGAUGCCUCUCCACUUUGCGGCGCAGAACGGGCACGAGGCGGUGUGCAAGGAGCUGAUCAAGCGUGGCGCGAGGGUCAACGCCCGCGACUCGAAGCGGCAGGCGACGGCCCUCCACCUGGCGGCCGCCAAGGGGCACCGCGACCUGAUCGCCUACCUGCUCAACAAGAAUGCAGACCCGGCCGCGCGCAACGCAAAGGGCCGGACGGCCGCCGAUCUGACCGAGAACGCCGCGAUCAGGGAGCUGCUC